AUGUCGUCCUUUGAUAUAUCAGAUGAAUGGGGAAUAAUACUUGGACAAGAAGGAAGUACAAAUCAGUUGGUAGCAGAUGUAAGAGAAGGGAAAUUCUUGGACGUCUUACGAUCUCCUCAAGCUAGGCAGAUAUUAGCAUUAGUUGCACAACAGAGACAAAAUGAAGCUUUCACGCUCUACAAAGUACAUUUGGAAAAUGCCAUCAGUAAAAUAGAUUCGAUUGAUGCUCUAUGUAUCGCAGUUGCUGCUCUACACGCUUUCAUUCAGGCAAAUUGGACAGGUCCCGACCUAGAGGAAGAAUUGUUGAAACCCAUACAACUUUUACGCAGAGCUUCACCUGACAGCUUCCCAGCAAGAAGUAUGAACGAUGACGAAGAUCAAGGCAAUAGCGAUGGUAAACUUGAAACGGCUUUGCGCUCUGCUUCGCUCGAUUAUCUUACUUGGGCAGGGGAGCCGGCUUAUCAUCUUUGUGAAUCGCCCUUCCUCUUGGUACUCGCUCUUCAAACUCUCAACGCUUUACCAAGCAGCUUACACUCAAGGGCUUUAUGGAGGUUAAGAGCAAGUUCGAUUUAUUCUCGCGUGCUUGACAAUCCGGUAGCACCGCCAGAGGAUGUGAUUGAAGAAGUGAGAGUGUUGAAAGAAUACCUCACUACACAACGUGACGCAAGCAAAGAUUCAGAAGAAGCACAAAGAUGGAAUAAGCUACUUGCAAUCACCUUGAUCGAUGAAGGUUUGACGGUACAGCGCUCUGGGAAAGACCGCGAAGCCAAUGAAAGAUUCUUGGAAGCGGCAAGAGCAGAUGGACUGCAAUACGAAAUCACAGGUGCACUGGGAAAACGAACGAAGUUCCAAAAAGAAGAUAAAACAAUUCUGGUAUUACUAGCAAAGAGUGUGCGGGAGGAUGAAGCAGAGAAGAAAGAGGCUGAAGAUGGCGUAGAAGAGGAGGAAGCAUAUGAUGCAGAUCCAAUAGAACUGAACGGCACUCCUUCUGGAUGGAAGGCGACAGCCGAUACAAAUAGUGCUACGAAUAUGCCUUCCGAGAUGUUGCAUAAUGAUGAUACGUUGCUCGAACGAACAAGAUUCACAUCAACAACGAACAAUGCAAAUGCAGACUCAAACGGUACAACGAAUUCCGUAUUCACACAAGACGAUAUCACAAACCCAAGCAUUCUAGAUCCUCUCGAUUCGUGCAUAUUAUUAGGAUUAUGCUUGAACAUUCACAACGCUUCUCCCGAGAAUGGAUUGACAGCAUCACAAAUGUCUGCUUUCGUGCAGCGUGUACUUGCACAUGCACGUAAUUGGAGUGUUCAUACGAUGGGAUUGCUAUUGCGUAGCCGAUUGGAAGCAGAUCGAACAAGAACGGUUCAAAGGAGUACGUUGCAAUUGCAAGCAUUGUUGGAUCAAAUGCCAACUUCCGAUUCGAGUGUUGUGGAAAGAUUGCAACUGGUUCACGAACUGGAACUUCCAUCAAAAUGGGAGAUGCAAGCUGAAUUGGCAAGAAGGUAUGCUGCUCUGGGAGUGUUGAGAAGUGCAUUGGAAAUUUUUGAAAGAGUUGAAUUAUGGCAAGAAGUUGUUCAAUGUUGGGGUGCAUUGGGAAGACAAGAUAAAGGAAUUGAGGUUCUACGUGAUCUUUUGCAAGGCACGAAAGACGAAUCGGAUCAUGUGAUCUCGGCAAAGAAAGAUCGUUCACAACACGUACAAGUUCAACUAAAUUCUGCACGUCAAGCAAAACUUUGGUGUCUGUUGGGUGAUUUGGAAGUUGAGAAGGCGACUGAACAUUAUACACAAGCAUGGAAUGUCUCAUCCAAACGAUCAGCAAGGGCUGCACGAUCGUUGGGAGCAGUUGCAUUUGCUGCCAGCGACUUUGCCAAAGCGACAACAUGGUUACGUAGAGCAUUAAAGAUUCAACCACUUUAUGCACGUACAUGGUUCACUCUUGGUUGUGUGUAUAUGCGUUUAGAUACGAUUGCCGGUUAUAUUGAAGCAGCAAGAUGCUUUAGAAGAUGUACGGCUUUGGAUGAUGAAGAUGCAGAAAGUUGGAAUAAUUUAGCAAGUUGCUAUUUGCGUCUAUCACAACAAAGCGAAGGUGUUUUGCGUGAAGCACAAAUGGCCGAACAUGCCGAUGCAGUAACCGAUCAAAGAGCGGUUUUGUCUGGAAUCGAAGAGGAAGAUGAGGAUGAUCGCAGUCAAAGCGAUUCGGACAGUUUGCAUAGCCGUGAUUCGGGAGUUGCCGUUCAAAGUGAUACAGAAAGUGAAGCGGAAACUGAAAUGGGUGGUAGUGGACAGGGUGCAUUCGAUGUCAAAUUGCUGGCACAUCGUGCAUUGGGAAAAUCACUUCGAUUCGCACAUGACGAUUGGCGUGUUUGGAACAAUUACAUGAUCGUAAGCGUUGAUUGCGGUUUGAUGGCAGAUGCUGUUCGUUCUUUGGUACGAGUGGUGGAAUUACGUUCUGUUUCUCGUGUACUGCCAGGCUCAGAUCCAACUUCUUCUUCUAGCAUUGCUGAAUCUGUUGACAUUGCUGUGGUGAACAGAAUUGUCGAUGCUGUAAUUCGAGCUCCAAGCAGCGAACAAGAUGCACUCGUUGAACAUGAAGAUACAUCAUCAACAAACGUACAAGCACCCGUCUCAAAACAAGCCAAUCAUAAUCCAAACGAAGGUCAUGGCUUAUGGCCGACAGUUCGUAGCCUGUUCGAGAAUACUUUAUUGCCCAAAAUUUCCGAUAUGCCAGAUCUUUGGAGAGCGUAUGCCCGUCUUUUGUUCUGGCGUGGAAGAUUACGUUCAGCCUUGGACGCACAUCUGACUGCAUGGCGAACGUCAUACGGAGCUGAAGGCUGUGACUUGACAUCACAAACAAUUUUCGUUCAAGCUGUUGAGGCAUUGACGGAACUAUGUGAAUUAUUGGAAAACUUUGGUCAUCCAAGUCCAACUGCGAAACGUGAACCAGCGAUGGAAAAUUGGCAAUUCAGAGCACGAAGUCUUGUUCGUACGUUCAUGGGACGAACACGAGAUGCGUUCGAAAGUGAUCCGUCGUGGGACAGAUUGCAGGAAUUGCGUGAUUCGCUUUCGCCAAGUCGUGGAUAGAAUAAUCUCAAAAGCGAAAAAAAUACAAUUGUACAACAUUGGCUUUCUAACCAACCAUGUAAUAAUACAUCUGGGUAUGUUAUGGAUAUAGU